AUGCAUUUCUCUACCCUUUUCGCAGCAACAUGCGCCUUCAUCUCGGGCACUGCCGCAGCUCCCGGUCUCAACCCCAAUCUCGAAAGCCGGGCAGUCACUCCCAACGCUGAGGGAACUCACAAUGGUUAUUUCUACUCUUGGUGGUCUGACGGCAACGCAGCUGCGACCUAUUCCAACCUCGAUGGAGGUGGCUAUAGCAUUUCGUGGGAGUCUGGUGGAAAUCUCGUCGGCGGAAAGGGCUGGAACCCAGGAACUUCGCGAUCCAUCACCUACUCGGCGGAUUGGAAGCCCGUGAACAACGGAAACAGCUAUCUGACCAUCUAUGGAUGGACUCGUAGCCCGCUCAUCGAGUAUUAUGUCGUCGAAGCACACGGCGAGUACAACCCUGGGUCGUCUGCUACUUCCAAGGGCUCUGUCACCAUCGACGGUGCCACAUACCAGCUGUACCAGAGCACCCGAUACAACGCGCCAUCGAUUGACGGCACCCAGACUUUCCAGCAGUACUGGGCUAUCCGAGACAGCCAACGCACCUCCGGCACGGUCAACAUGGGCACAGUCUUCAACGCCUGGGCCUCGAAGGGCAUGAGUCUUGGAACCCACUACUACCAAAUUGUUGCCACCGAGGCAUACAACAGCAAGGGAACCUCCAAGGUCACUGUGUCGUGA